CUCCUCCUAUUUCACCAAUCUUUUAUUAUCCUUUAUGCCUUUAUACCAUCCAAAUUGGCCGAUUCGACGGAUCGUAUUCCCAUUUUUUCAACAGCGAUGAUAUGUAGCCGCCAUUCGUGCACUUCCCAGUUCUCAAGAAUAGGCGAGCCGAAAAAGCGGUUUCCUGUAGCUUUCUACUUGGUUUCUUCGAAAAGAGAAAAAGUUUGCUUCUCCUCUCUCACCAUGUCUUGGGCUUGCUCAAAGUGUACUUUCCUCAAUCCUCCAUCGAAUAGUUUGUCUUGCCAAAUCUGUUUGUCGUCUAAUCCGUCACCCUCCUCGCCCUCUCCUUCACCAUUAACACGGUCUUGCAAGGCGUGUACUUUCUCUAACGCAAUAGGCAAUACUAGCUGUGAAAUGUGCAGUACCAGACCAAAGGCUUCUUUUCUAUCGAGAUUAGAGGGUUUGGAUUCUUUAGAAUCAGAUGAUGAAUUGGGUUCCUCGGUGGGUUCUGUUUUCUUGCCCUUGCAGUCCUGUAAGAGGAAGAAUCAGGACACAGUUGAGGUUGGUGAUAGCUCUAGUGAAAUGGGUAAGUUCCGAGGAGCGAAAUCGUCGAAGCAAGCAGAAAUCGUCAUAGCGGACAUGAACCAGGAUGAUUGUGUUAGUACCUUAAAAGUUUUGAGUUAUAAUGUUUGGUUCCGAGAAGACCUGGAGAUGCAUAAGAGGAUGAAAGCACUAGGGGAUCUCAUUCAGCAGCAUUCCCCAGACCUCAUCUGUUUCCAGGAGGUCACACCCAAUAUCUAUGACAUUUUUCAGCAUGCAAGCUGGUGGAAAGUAUACACUUGUUCAGUCCCAAGUGAGAUGGCAAACACAAGACCAUAUUUCUGCAUGCAGUUAAUUAAGCUACCUGUAAAAUCCUUCAGCUGUAAACCCUUCAGAAACUCUAUAAUGGGUAGAGAACUUUGUGUGGCUGAGAUUGAAGAUGUGAUGGGAAAGCCCUUGGUUCUUGCCACUAGUCACCUUGAGAGUCCCUGCCCUGGGCCUCCUAAAUGGGACCAGAUGUUCAGCAAGGAGCGUGUAACUCAAGCAAAAGAGGCACUUGACCUUCUCAAGGAUGCUCCUAAUGUAAUAUUUGGUGGUGACAUGAACUGGGAUGACAAGUUGGAUGGUGAAUUUCCCUUACCUGAAGGGUGGGUGGAUGCUUGGGUGGAGCUAAGGCCUAGGGAGAAUGGAUGGACAUAUGAUACCAAGUCCAACCAGAUGCUGUCUGGUAACAGGACACUGCAGAAGCGAUUAGACCGAUUUGUGUGCAAGUUACGUGAUUUUAAAACAAGUGCAGUUGAUAUGAUUGGGAUGGAAGCUAUACCAGGACUGACUUAUUGUAAGGAGAAAAAAGUGAGGAAAGAAUUGCAGAAAUUGGUGCUCCCUGUUUUGCCUAGUGACCAUUAUGGCUUACUCUUAACAUUCAGCAACCAGUAAUGAUGCACUGGUUUGUGAAAUUACUGACAUAGUGAUCUUCUUCCUUCUUUUUGUGAGUAUGGUUGGUCUCUGUUAAAAGGAUAUGUAAAGGGGUUAAGACUUCAUUUCAUGUGUUCCUUUUUCUCUCCCCCUACUUUUGAGACAUUAAGAAUUUAUGAAUUACACUUUAGAUGAGUUGCAAUUUGCUCA